GCAGAAUAUCCUGACUUUAAAAACCACACAAGUCUGAAUAUGAGUUCUUCAUCAUGCACAGAUCUGUGUAUGUUCUACUCAGUGGCGAAUGUGAUCAUCUUCAUCCUGGGUGUUGCUGGAAAUGGUUUAGUGAUCUGGAUUGCAGGCUUUAAGAUGAAGAAGUCUGUCAUCACCACCUGGUACCUGAGUCUGGCCGUGUCCGACUUCAUAAUGUGCUCUACCUUGCCCUUUGGUGUCGUCCAAAAGGUUACAAAUGAGUGGAUCUUUGGACGCUUCAUGUGUAAAUUCCGGUAUUUCAUCAAGGUUCUCAACAUGUACAGCAGCAUUUUCCUCCUCAUCAUCAUCAGUGUGGACCGCUGUGUGGUUGUUAUGUUUCCUGUGUGGGCUCGGAACAAGCGCACCAUAAGAAAGGCUGUCGUGAUAGUCAUGCUAGCUUGGAUCGUCUCAGCAGCACUUAGCUCACCAGCGGCCAUUUUCCGAGACACAAAACAGAACAAACAGAAGACAAAAUGUCAAAGAACUUACAUAAAUGAGCCAAGCCAUUUUGCCAUAGUGUCUUGCAGAUUCAUUUUUGGAUUCGUGAUCCCGUUCCUGAUCAUUGUCAUCUGUUAUGUCAUCAUCAUGAGAAAGCUGAAGUUCAACCAGAUGGUGACAUCCAAAAAGCCAUUCAAGAUCAUGACGCUGCUGAUAGUUGCUUUCUUGAUCUGCUGGUUGCCUUUUCAUCUUUAUUCUUUUUUGAAAAUACAUUAUAAUGACAAACAUUUUGUCAAAUCCCUAAAAGUAUUUGGCCUCACUUUUGCCAAUGCCAACAGCUGUUUGAACCCCCUUCUUUAUGCGUUCAUGGGGAGGGACUUUAAGAGGCAUUGUCAUGCGGUUCUGUCCAACAUUGAGAAUGCAAUUGAGGAGGAGGAGGAGGGGAAGGGCCAGGACAGAGUCGAAGAGACAGCUGGUGAAACUACUGAGGAAUGUUUAAGUUUAAGUGUUUAUGUUUAA